CGCAUAUAGGUGAAGAUCCUGUGAACGCGAUGAGCAGUGGUAGUAAGUGCAGUCGUGGAUCCCUCCUUAAAUUGAUCUGCCGAGUAAGUAAGCAGGUUACUUCGGUUUUAGUGACUCAACGGUCAACACCUCUCUCUUCGUCGAUUCAGACGAACGAACGAACGAACUGCGGUCUUCCUGCUUUUCUCUUGAGAUAGUUACACGUUCGGUUAUUUUAUUUCUCUUACUGAGAGAAAAUCGAAGUCAAAAAUAAUAUUGCAAAAAAAGUGAAAGAAGUGAUUAGGGAAAGAGUUUUAAACGAUUGUUAUUGAAAUUAAUUAAUUCAUUAAAAUAUUUCAAUUAUCACACGUGUUUCAACAAUAUUACAAAAUUCAAGACAGAGAAACUUCCUCGGCUGUUUGGAAUUUUCUAUCAUUUUAAAAGAUCGAAAAUAAGGAUCGACAUUAUAAAUAUGGAUGGACAAGAACAUAAUUAUAAGUGCACUUUAAGUGAGGAAACAAAAAAAAUUGCCAAGGAUGAACUUCGCGAGGAUGAAACAAUUCGAGAACAAUUGUUGGAACAAUUUAGAGAUUGGAUUAAAAAGCAUCCGUUAAUAAAAUAUUGCAAAACGGAUUCAGCCUUUCUUCUUAGAUUUCUAAGAACAAAAAAGUUUAGUUUACCAUUAGCACAAAAAUUACUCGAAAGAUACCUCACCAUAAGACAACUUUAUCCGACAUGGUUUCAAAAUAUUGUAAUCGAUGACCAAAUUACUAAUAGUGUCCUAGACACCGGCUAUAUCUUACCUUUAUUCAAACGAGAUAAAUACGGUAGACAAGUCAUAUUAUUUAAUUCAGAACGUAUCGACUCAUACAAGUAUAAGUCUGAGCAAUUAGUAAAGGCCCAUAGCCUCGUCAUGGAAGCCCUUCUGGACGAUGAAGAAAAUCAAGUUCGCGGAUUUACCUACAUAAUAAAUGAAUCCGGCAUAAACAUGGGUCAUAUUAGCAUGUGGUCUCUUAUUGAUGUCCGUAAAUUGUUGAAUUGUGUACAAAAUGGUAUGCCCAUGAGACACAAGAGAACUUAUAUAGUCAAUAUACCAUCGUAUGCUGUCAAGUUUUUCGAGCUUUGUAUAGCUUAUCUUAACGAGAAAUUAAAAAAGCGUUGUUCGAUACAUACGAGUAUCGAGGAAUUGAAAGAUGAUAUCGAUAUCAAGUCCCUGCCAGUGGAAUAUGGAGGUGAAGUUUCUAUAAAGGAACUGAUUGAUUCUCUUAAGAAAACUAUAUAUGAGAAGAACGAGCAAAUAGAGGAUUUAAAAAACCUACGAAUAGACAUUUCUGAGAAUCAGUCUUAUAGUAACGAAAUUGAUGGUGUUAUCGGUUCCUUCCGUAAGUUAGAAGUGGAUUAAGACAUCUCUUAUAUUUUUAUAUGAAUAAUUUAGUUUCUUUAUUUGUAUGCAUACGAAACGUAUGCGUUUACGAUUAAAUGUUUAACUCAUUGUUGUUAAUAUUUGUUUAGAGUUUACGUUUUCAUAUUUUAUAUAUCAAUUUAUAUAAAUAUUUUUUUUUUAUUCUAAUGUUAUUUUGUUCUUGUUAAUAUAAUUUAAACAAACGUUGAAAAAGUAAAGUUAUAUUUCAACAUGUUAAUAUAUUAAAUUUUGUUAAUAAUUUAUUUUUAAUAUCCAGAGUGAGACGCCUAUAACUAUAUCACCUAAAUAAUUUUUUUUGCUUACAACCGUAUCAAAAAACUUCAAAAGAAAAAGUUGUACUAUUGCAGAGGGGUAAUCUAAUGAUGAAAAAAUUUGUUCUUAAGAUCAUUUUCUUUACAAGAUUUGAUGAUCAACUUUGUUUUCACAAAUGAAACUAUAUUUUGUUUGCGAUAUUCUUGUAGAACAUGAAAAAACGAAUAAAAAUGAUUUUUAUGAUCGAUUAUUCCGAUCAUUUAUUCUCGGGAUAUUUACAUCUAAAGAUAAUUUCCUGUAAUAAUGCAACUUUUGCCUUGGAGGUCUAUAAGUACGAUUUAAACAAGGAAGAUAUUUAGGUGAUACAGUUAGGUGCCUUAUCUUGUAUAUAAACAUAGUGUACCGAAUGGACCCUUAGAAUACAAUUUUUAGAAGACCUUGACUUUUAUAAUUUCAUCUAAUAGUAGAUAUAUUAUUUAAAGUAAAAAUGAUGAUAAUUAUAGUACAUAUACAUAACAUAAAUACGUGUACCAUUUAAUCUUUAUCACUAUAUGCGAAUAAUGGAGCUCCUCCGCCGGUGGUUCAAGUUACCUUCUUUUUUAAUUAUAAUUAUAAAUAUUUCUUGCUAUAUUAAUAUGAAAGUUUUUAAGAUUACGUCCGAAUAUAAUAAUUUUAAAAAUAGAUUUUUAAGAAUAGAUUUUAAGUUUUGUUAGGAUAUGUUGUAGUAUCUAAUUUGUUUGUAAUUAAUUGAAAUAUAUUUACAUAUUUAUACUUAAUCGCA